AUGCGUCUGCCAUACACCGACAACCCACCCAAAAAUCUUUCACAGCAGGAUGAAGAAGUCCUGAAACGCGUUCUCGUCCGCCGCGGCGAGAAGGGCCUCAUUCCUCUUGAUCUCACCCUCCUGCACUCGCCCAACGUCACUGAUGGCUGGAACUCCCUCCUCGGCGCCAUCCGCACACGCACCGCCCUCCCCGCCGCGAUCCGCGAAAUCGCCAUCUGCCGCCCCGCGCUCAUCAACGAAGCCUGGUUCGAGUGGAACGCGCACGCGCCCAUCCUCCUUGCCGCUGACGGAUUCACUGAGGCCAAGCUCUCUGUCGUCCAACAGCUCCAUCCAAAGUCUCAAGGCGACUUGAGCGACCAGGAAUGGGCGGUGUUGGUGUAUGCGGACGAGAUGACGCGGAAUGUGAAGGUGAGCGAGGAGACGUUUGGGAAGUUGAGGAGUGUGGGGUUUGGGGAGAAAGAUGUGGUUGAGAUCACGGCGACGGUGGCGAGUUAUAAUAUGGUGAGUAGGUUUUUGGUCGCGUUGGAUGUCGGGGAGCAGAAUGGGUUGAAGCCGGAUUGGGCUGGGAAGUCGUGA